UUCCGGUUUCUUCUCUCAGAUUCUAUCUUUCUCAACAUCUAUCUCUUCCCCGAUUUAUAGAUCUUUUCUGCAAAAAGUUCGGGACUUUUUUCGUUAAUUUCGAAGAAUGUUGGCCUUUUUCUUCGUCUAGGUUUCUGUAUCUCUCGUGGGAUUUGAUGAUUUUCUUUUGAUUUGAUUAAAUCCUUCUGAAAGUUUUGUUCUUUAAUACAUUGUCAAGGUUCUCUUCGUUGAUUGAAACAAUCAGUCUCAUAAGGUGGCAAAGAUGGUUGCAGAACGAUACACGGUCGAUUUGAAUAAGCCACUUGUCUUUCAGGUUGGUCAUCUUGGAGAAGAAUAUCAGGAAUGGAUUCAUCAACCUAUUGUAUGCGUAGAGGGUCCUCGUUUUUUUGAAAGUGAUUUUUGGGAGUUCUUGACUCGCACGGUUUGGUGGGCAAUCCCAACAAUCUGGCUUCCAGUUGUUUGCUAUGUUCUUUCAAUAUCGGCGAGGAAGGGACUUACAAUUCCCCAGAUCGGUUUAAUAGUUGCCUUUGGUGUACUCACGUGGACACUUCUCGAGUACACGCUUCAUCGUUUCCUUUUCCACAUCCAAACCAAGAGUUACUGGGCAAACACUGCACACUAUCUUCUUCAUGGAUGCCAUCACAAGCACCCACAAGACGGUCUUCGUCUUGUUUUCCCUCCUACCGCAACAGCUAUUCUCUUGGUUCCACUAUGGAAGCUUCUCCAUCUGUUAGCUACUCCUGCUACAGCACCUGCUAUUCUUGGAGGCAUAUUGUUUGGCUAUGUGAUGUAUGAUAUUACUCAUUACUAUCUACACCAUGGUCAACCUAAAGAACCAACCUUUAAACAUCUUAAGAAAUACCACCUGAAUCAUCACUUUAGGAUUCAGGACAAAGGAUAUGGAAUCACUUCCUCUCUAUGGGACAAAGUAUUUGGAACACUUCCCGGUAUAAAGGCCGCCCAGAAGAAAAGCUAAACCGGAAUUCUGUUUACCAUUUUUCAGAGUGUUGAAAACUCACUGAUAUUGUGUAUUCUGAUUCAUCAGGUGAUACAAUGACUGUUUAACUACUGUAUACGAUCAUCUAUUCACCAAUUUGAACAUAUUUAGUGGUUUAAUAUCAUUCAAAAUUUGGUGUUUUA